AUGCCGCCCGCUCGGCAGCGGCGUGCGGGGACGCGGGGAGCCGUGGAUUUCCCGGGGCGCUGCCAAACUCCCUGCCCCGCGGAAGCCCCCGCCGCGCCGCUCAGGGAGCAGGAGCCCAAGGAAACAGAGGCGCGUUCUUGGAGCGCAACUUUCCUACUUCCAUCUAUCCCUUCUUUUUCUUGCUUUGACGACAGCGAGCUCUCUGAGCAUAAGCUCUUUUCUGCCCACGUUCAUGCCCUUGAAAAACAAUCUUACGAGGGAGAGAGUUGGAUUGAACGAUGUCUCAAUGAAAGUGAAAACAAACGUUAUUCCAGUCACACCUCUCUGGGGAAUGUUUCUAAUGAUGAAAAUGAGGAAAAAGAAAAUAAUAGAGCAUCAAAACCGCAUUCAACUCCAGCUACACUGCAGUGGCUGGAGGAGAACUAUGAGAUUGCAGAAGGUGUUUGCAUUCCUCGAAGUGCUCUCUACAUGCAUUACUUGGACUUCUGUGAGAAAAACGACACGCAACCUGUUAAUGCUGCCAGCUUUGGGAAGAUAAUAAGACAACAGUUUCCACAACUAACAACAAGAAGACUUGGAACCAGAGGCCAAUCAAAGUACCAUUAUUAUGGGAUUGCAGUGAAAGAAAACUCCCAGUAUUAUGAUGUGAUGUAUUCUAAAAAGGGAGCAGCCUGGGUCAACGAAACAGGAAAAAAAGAAGUAACCAAACAGACAGUGGCGUAUUCACCACGAUCCAAACUGGGAACAUUGCUGCCAGAGUUUCCAAAUGUCAAAGAUCUAAAUCUGCCAGCCAGUCUGCCAGAGGAGAAGGUUUCUACCUUUAUCAUGAUGUAUAGGACUCACUGUCAGAGGAUACUAGACACUGUAAUAAGAGCAAACUUUGAUGAGGUUCAAAGUUUUCUUCUGCACUUUUGGCAAGGCAUGCCUCCUCAUAUGCUGCCCGUACUGGGUUCUUCAACUGUAGUGAAUAUAGUGGGAGUUUGUGACUCAAUUCUGUACAAGGCAAUUUCUGGAGUUUUGAUGCCAACAGUAUUACAAGCCUUACCUGACAGUUUGACACAGGUGAUCCGAAAGUUUGCAAAGCAGCUGGAUGAGUGGCUGAAAGUAGCUCUUCAUGAUUUACCAGAAAACCUACGAAAUAUCAAAUUUGAGUUGUCCAGAAGAUUCUCACAAAUACUACGGCGACAGACAUCCCUAAAUCAUCUCUGCCAAGCAUCAAGAACAGUGAUCCACAGUGCAGACAUCACAUUUCAAAUGCUGGAGGACUGGAGGAAUGUGGAUCUGAAUAGCAUUACCAAACAAACCCUCUAUACUAUGGAGGACUCACGGGAGGAACACAGAAAGCUCAUCAUACAAUUGUAUCAGGAGUUUGAUCACCUUUUGGAGGAGCAGUCCCCCAUUGAGUCGUACAUCGAGUGGCUGGAUUCCAUGGUGGACAGAUGUGUUGUAAAGGUAGCUGCCAAGAGACAAGGCUCUUUGAAGAAAGUAGCUCAGCAGUUUCUCCUGAUGUGGUCCUGUUUUGGCACUCGAGUGAUCCGGGACAUGACUUUGCACAGUGCACCCAGCUUUGGGUCUUUUCACCUUAUUCACUUGAUGUUCGAUGACUAUGUAUUGUACCUGCUAGAAUCACUCCAUUGUCAGGAGAAAGCUAAUGAGCUGAUGAGGGCAAUGAAGGGAGAAGGAAGCACAGCAGAAAUACGAGAAGAAAUUAUUCUCAGUGAACCAGCUGCUCCCACUCCCUCCCCAGCACCGUUCUCCCCAGCUAAAUCUGCCACCUCUGUGGAAGUGCCCUCUGCCCCAUCACCCAUCAACAACCAGUCCCCAGAGUAUGGUGGCAUAACAACUACUACAGGGGCUAUGCAAUCCUACACAUGGUCACUCACCUACACUGUGACAACAGCUGCUGGGUCACCUGCUGAGAAUUCCCAACAGCUGCCUUGCAUGAGGAGCCCACACGUACCUUCAUCAUCCGUCACACACCGGAUACCUGUUUAUCCCCACAGAGAAGAACAUGGAUACACAGGAAGUUACAACUAUGGUAGCUAUAGCAACCAGCAUCCCCAUCCAAUGCAGAGUCAGUAUCCAUCCUUACCACAUGAUACUGCUAUUUCUGGACCACUUCACUACUCAGCUUACCACAGAAGCUCUUCACAGUACCCUUUCAAUGGCCCAACAUCAAGAAUGGAGCCGUGUUUGAUGAGCAGUACUCCCAGGCUGCAUCCCACACCAGUGACUCCGCGCUGGCCAGAGGUCCCAGCUGCCAACUCCUGCUACACAAGCUCCUCCAUGCACUCCACGAGAUAUGGCAAUUCCAGUGACAUGUACACACCCCUGACAACACGCAGGAAUUCUGAGUAUGAGCACAUGCAACACUUUCCCGGCUUUGCCUACAUCAAUGGGGAAGCCACUACAGGCUGGGCUAAAUGA